AUGCAGAGCGCUACAGACGGCCUCCAGCCAUACAGCUCUAUGGCCGGCAAACUCGACCAGAAGCUGCUUCAAGCCCUCAACGUGCUGGGCUUCGAGUACAUGUCGCCCGUGCAGCAGCGAGUCCUCACAGAGCUUCCCACAUGGCGCAGCGACUGUCUCGUGCAGGCAAAAACAGGCACCGGUAAAACUGUGGCUUUUUUGCUGCCUGCUUUGCAUUGCUUAAUACAAGGCCAGAGCCAGGUCAGGAGAGGGCAAGUGGCGAUCCUCAUCAUCACGCCAACCAGAGAGCUCGCACAGCAGAUCGCCAAGUCAUGCGAUGAGCUUACCUCACAGCUUUCAAGACCGCUGGAAUGUCAUAUUGCUGUUGGUGGGACCGCGCGAGCGUCCGCGCACUCGCGGUUCAUGAACGGGGACCCGUCCAUUCUUGUAGCUACACCUGGGCGGCUGAAGGAUUACCUCUCUGAGUCUGAGACUGCAGAGAAGCUCAAGGAUAUCCAGACCCUCGUUCUGGAUGAAGCGGACACGAUGCUCGAGACCGGGUUCCUGGCGGACGUCAAGCAGAUCCUCAAGCUGAUCCCGUCAAAGAGCACCGGUUGGCAAGGUAUGUGCUUCUCAGCCACUCUACCACCAAAGGUCAAGGAUGUGGUCAGCGUUGUCUUGAAUCCAGGGUACACCAGCAUUUCGACAGUGGACAAGAACGAACCGCCCACCCACGAGCGCGUGCCUCAGUACUAUGUCCUUAUGCCCUCCGUAGCCGAAACAUUCACGACCCUCUCCUCCCUCUUGGCCCACGAGUCCAAGAAGAAUACCAAGAUCAUCGUCUUCGGCGUCACAGCCAACAUGGUCGCCCUUUCUCACAGCGCCUUCGCCAACGGCCUCACGCCCCUUAAGGUCUUUGAGAUCCACUCCCGCCUCUCGCAGUCUGCGCGCACAAGGACAACCUCCCAGUUCAAAGAAGCAGACGCAGGCAUCCUCUUCGCGUCCGAUGUCAUUGGCCGCGGUAUGGACUUCCCCAACGUCGACUUGGUAGUCCAAGUCGGGCUCCCCUCCAACGCCGAGCAAUACGUCCACCGCGUCGGGCGCACUGCCCGCGCUGGCAACGACGGCCGCGCAGUCAUCCUUCUAACAGAGUCCGAGUCCUUCUUCCUUAAAGCAAACCGCCAUCUUCCCAUCCAGCCGCACCCAGACGCAAGCAGUAUCCUCGCCAAUGCCACUAGCUGCAGUCCAGCCGUCACACAGGCCAUGUACGCCGUCGACGAGACGACGAAGCAGCGCGCCUACUCAUCGUACAUCGGCUUUUUCGCUGGGUCAGGACUAAUGAAGCAGCUCCGUCUCGAUAAGCCCGGUCUCGUACAGCUGGCUAAUGAGCUCGCUAUUAAGGGCAUGGCUUGCCCAGAGCCCCCGCCUAUGGAUAAAAAGAUCGUCGGCAAGAUGGGGCUCAAGGGUGUUCCGGGCUUCAACUACGCGAGCGCGGAGCAGUUGGCUGCUGCUAGACCCAAACACCGGGGUCCGCCUCAUGCUAAGGCUAAUGGCAAUGGCACUGGUACUAAUGGGACACCGCCCCAUGCUAGAGCGAGGGAUGCGCCCAGUGCUGGGACGGGAAGGGGCGAGCGGAAUGGGGGGGAGAAGAGGCGCGGUGGGCGGCGCGGUGGACGCGCAGGACGGGGAGCUAAUGGAGGACGGGGUGGGCAACAGAGUGUCUGAUAUACACGCGUGAAUGGCAGAGAUUAAGGAAGGGUGUGGCCCAGUCUAGUGGUAACCUGCAUCUUCAAUUCAAUGACUGCGCUUUGAUAGAGCUAGAAUAGACA